UAUUGUUUCCUUUUGCAGGACUGCAUCUAGGAGAAAUGGAACGUGACUGCUUGAUAGCACAUGGUGUGAGUAUGGUGAUAUCUGAACGUAUGAUGCUGUCCAGUGACCCAUACGAAGUUCAGGUCUGCAGGCAAUGUGAUCUGUUAGGGUACCAUAAUUACAAGUCGGGGAUAUCCACUUGUUCAAUGUGCAAAAAAAGUGGCCACAAUAUGUGCACUAUAAAACUUCCAUACGCCACCAAGCUUCUAUUCCAGGAAUUGCAGUCCAUGAAUAUUGUUCUGCGUUUGAAAUUAACUGAAGCAUGAGGACACGUGGAUGUUCUGCUUAAAUCAUCAUUGAGGAGAAGUUUGCAUUGGACUGAGGUGACUGCAAGAAUAGAGAAUGAUAGUUUUGUAAGAGGUGACUACAAGAAUAGAUGAAUUUUGUAAUAGGUGACUGCAAGACUCAAAAUAGCGUAAAUUUAGCAUAAAUCAG